ACAGUCUGCAAGCUGUUAUUUUUUUUGUCAGCUGGUCGCUGCGACUCUCGGCUAACAAAACAACAACAAGUUCACUCGAGCCAUUAAUUACAGACAGCUUCAAGAAUGAGUGAACCGAGAACUCGGACUCAACGGCACGAAGUUGACAAACUUUAACCGAGAAGUCCUCCGCAACCGCGUCUUCUUGGCGAGCCCGAUGAAAGCGAGAGGAUUGUUGUUCUAGCUCGCUGGCUAACAUUAGCUAUUUGUCUGGUUGAGGUACCGACAUGGCUACUCGAGAGAUGUCUUCACGGUACACGUAUCGUCGCCCGCCGUCAAGCAUAAAGCAGGAGCAGGAUGACGACUCGGACUCGGAGGCCCAGCUGCUGGGCCUGAAGAGGUUGGACGGGCUGGAGUCUCAGAUCAUCCACAGCGGACACUUCAUGGUGUCAUCGCUGCAUAUCGAGCACCCUCCGAAGAAAGGCUACGACUUCGACACUGUCAACAAACAGACCUGUCAGACCUAUCACUUCGGCAAUGCGAGGAUGUCACAUCUCUCCAUAGACGCUUCGCUGACCAAACUCUUCGAGUGCAUGACUCUUGCGUACAGUGGUAAUUUGGUAUCUCCCAAAUGGAAGAACUUCAGAGGUCUAAAACUGCUUUGGAGAGACAAGAUCCGCCUCAACAACGCCAUAUGGAGGGCCUGGUAUAUGCAGUAUGUGGAGAAAAGGGAGAAUCCUGUUUGUCACUUUGCAACUCCCCUGGAUGGAAGCAUGGACUUGUACGUCCGUCGUCCUGCUGAGGGCAGUGCCCCAGAUGGGAUAUGCUGGAAAAGACGAAUUGAAAUCGUCAUCAGAGAAUACCACAAGUGGAGAACAUACUUUAAAAAAAGGUUACAGAAGCACAAGGAUGAUGACCUCUCAAGCUUGCUUAAGGGACCAGAGGAGCAGUUAUUGCUGUUUGGGGAAGUCUCUCCAGACAUGCUCCGUGUCUCCUUUUAUCAGGAUGAAGACACUGCUGUGCGCCGCCUGCCUCGUAGGCAUAAUGAAACGCCUGACCCUAUGGAGAUGGACCCCCUCUUUGACAUGGAUGUCCUGAUGUCUGAGUUUUCAGACACGUUGUUCUCUACGUUGGCCUCGCACCAGCCCAUAGCCUGGCCUAAUCCACGGGAGAUUGCACACGCAGGGAACGCAGACAUGAUCCAACCAGGACUCAUCCCUUUACAACCUAACCUAGACUUCAUGGACUCUUUUGAUCCACUGCAAGACUUAUUUCACAGCCUCCGUCAGCCUGCCUUCCCCUCUGUUUCACCCACUGCAACAUCUGUCACCCUUCAACCCAGCAGCAGCUCACAGUCGCAGGCCCAGUUAAUGUCCUCCAUGCUCACAAGCAACAACAUCUCCCCUCCUGGCCCUCUGCCCAUCCCCUCUCCCAUGGCCAGUCAAACCAGUCGAACAGGUGGUGGUGGUGGUGGUGGUGGUGGUGGUGGUGCAGCUGGUGGUGGUGACGCUGCUGCCUAUGUACAAAACUACCUGCCUCUGUUUCCUGGGCAUUUGUCGCCCAGGGAUCAAGCAGCAGUUUCCUCAGUCUCUCAGCCAUUAUCCCAUGAUCCUCUGGCACAGUGCCUUCCAAGUCAGGACAUGGCCUCAGCAGCACCCAUGGUUUCAUCGUCCUUGGACAACGCCUCAGCGCUGGAUGAGACUGUAGAACCAUCUGUGAUUACACACAAGACCUCCUCUACUGUUAAACUCAGCGACGCAGCAGCCGCCUUCAGCCACGCCUCAGACUAUAGCUCCAUAUCCACACAACCUCCACCUCCUCCUUCUCAACUUCAGCCCUUGGCUCCAUUAACUGCCACAAGCGUCCAACACCCUCAGACUUUCGCCCUGCCUCGGCCCUUUCAGUCAUCCAGUGCCAACAAAAACCGCCCUGUGCAAAGGAUUGCUCCUGCUAACACCCUCCCCCCCUCCCACCUCAUCCUCACAGCCCCGUUCCCAGGUCAUGCCAAUGCUGUGAUUGUUACACCAUCGCCUCUGAAAGCAGAUGUGGUCCGUAAUACUGGAGUGGUCAUCGCUCCUUCUCAGAUUGGAGCGACUCCUGGAUUUCACGUUUUGUCUCAGACACAGAAGUCUCCCCAGCAGAUUGUCCCCAAAGGAAAGUCUUCCAGCCGCAAAAGCCAGAAAGCCUCCUCCUGUGUCGGUCACAGUCAGCCUGGAUCAGGUCAAGGAUCCCCGCAUGCGUUAGAUCAGGUUCCUAGUCCCCAGUCACUGAUCAGCAGCAGCACUUCACCUUUGGAAAAGAAUGAACAAAAUCAGAGCCGGAGGACAACAUGCAUAUCUGCUGAGCAAAAGAGACGAUCAAACAUAAACAUUGGCUUUAAAACACUCUGCAACGUGGUCCCCACUCUAAAGUCCCAAUCAAAUAUCAGUAAUGCAGUCACAUUGCAGAAGACUAUGGAUCACAUUUGGAAGCUGCAACAGGAGAGGCAGCAGAUGCUGGAAGAGGUCAAGAGGCUACGAGAGGAGAUAGAGGAGAUCAACACCUCCAUUAGCUCGUGUCAGGAACAGCUGCCUGCAACAGGGGUCCCUAUCAGGCGAAAUCGCUCCGACCACAUGCAGGGGAAGUUCAAUGAAUAUGUGAAGAACCGCACUCUUCAGAACUGGAAGUUCUGGAUUUUCAGCAUCAUUAUCAAGCCUCUCUUUGAGUCGUUCAAUGGGAUGGUGUCAACUACGAGCAGGGCAGAGCUCUGUCAGACCACAUUGCAAUGGCUCGAUCGUCACUGCUCCCUUCCAGCGCUCAGACCCAUGGUGCUGAGUACCCUCCGCCAGCUGAGCACAACCACGUCCAUACUUAGUGAUCCGUCUCUGCUGCCUGAAGAAGCCACCCAGGCUGUCACUCAUACAGACGGGUGGCCUUGCUCUCAGAGGUGAUGAGGUGACCCAGAAGCCACCUGAACCCUUUGAUAGCAAUCAUCAAAAUGACACAUCACUAGUUUACCUUACAGGCAUUCAGCAAGGCCAUCACUUCUUCCACAGAUGAAAUGACUUUAAAUAAAAGGAUAAAUGUAAGCUAGGUCUGGUUUACUUUUACUCUGUAUGUACGAUGGUCAUGUUGAUGUUGAUUCUGAGAAAGAGCAAUGUCAAAUGAGCUGCCGCACUUCCUGUGGCAAGCUCAGUUGCCGCAGUUUGGGAGAGUUGCCACGGCAGUUGCUGGUUUUAUGCCUUUAUUUUUCGUUUGAGGUCCUUGAGCUUAUGACUGUUGGUAGUUGUAAUUGGUUUAGUUAAAAAAAUGCCGAAUUGUAAUAUUAUGGCUGAUCGUUAUGAUUAAAUCCAGCUAAUAUAGGCUACUCUCAGGGACCUUAAUGUAUUGUCACAUAUUGUCAAAUUAUGAAAAAUAAAGCCUUAAAACCGGCAACUGUCGUGGCAGCUGAGCUUGCCACAGGAAGUGCCGGUGCUAGCUCCCGCUGCCACAAUUUGAGCCAGAUCCUACUGGAGAUCCUUGGGAAUGAUGCACACAGGGAGGCCGAUCUUUGACAUUACAUUUAUAACAAUUGUGGCUUUUCUGAUAUUGUAUUUGAAUGACAGCAGCUAAUACUAAACUUGAGGAGUUACUAGAUACUUUAGUGAAAGGUGGUACUGGUUGUUUGCUUUUUGAACAAUUAUAUAUUUGAAUUUGAAUCACUUUUAUAAUGUAAAAACACAACAUUGUGUUAAAAAGGGAAGUAUUGCGUGACUGUUCAUUUUAUGUACUCACUCAGUUGUACAAAGUGUAUGGAUAGGAUGCUUUUUUCACAAGGAGAUGAGAUGAAUGUGGGAUUUUUUUUAGGACUAGCUGCAGUAUAGUUUGUGUGUUUUGAAAGCUCUGAAACCUCCCAAAAAGGUUUCACAUCGGAUCGUCUGAAACAUAGUUGCUCAUGGGCUGGUGCUUGAUUGUCACAAGAAAGCUGAGACCGUAAUUGUCUUUUUCACCCCUCAUUUACUCAGGUGAAUGCCGUUUAGACCAUUAACAAUAGUGAGUUAUUGGUGGGAUCUCACCCAUGCUGAACAUCUUCCUUCCUACUUUGCCCAUUUCCAGUAAGUUCAACUGCAAAUUGUACAAGAAAGCAGUCAUCUUAAAUACAGCAUGUUACAUACAUGGGUUUCUACUGGGCGGCUCACAGCAUAAUGGAGAGAUAUUACUUAAAGCCCUCAUAGGGAGCAUAACUGAAAUAGCAGUACAGAUUAUUUAUAUACUACAGUGUUUCAAGAUCUUAACUGAAUGCACAGUAGUUGUAGGCGUCUUCCUGUUCUUUGUUGAUUACUCAGGGAUGCGCUGGUCAGCGUAAUUGUUUUCCAUUCAGCUAUGAACAAAUCGAGUCAGAGUCCUUUACAUCAGGAAAACAUGUCCGUAUAAGGGUACAGGUUACGUCACAUGGUUUGAUUUACCUGUUGUUCCCCCCUCUUAAUUACACUAAUUUAUAAGGUGUGCUAAUGACAGACGGGAGAAAACAAUCAGUAUGCCAUGUGAAAAUAUACAGCACACAGAAAGAGUAGUCUACCCGUCCAUUCAGUUAAUUGUUUGUGUUACUGAAAUCAUGUUUGACAGUGUGCUCUGUUGACUGCUUGAGAAUUAGACAAUGUGCAGAUUUACUCUGCAUGUCUGACGUACGGCCUUAAAGUCACGUGAUCUCUGCAGGCUAAUUAGUCUUGUCUUUUUUUUUUUUUAUUAUUUGUGUUCAGCACUCCUCAGGCAGACGUUGAUUUUGUGACUUGUGUUUUUACUUUCUUUUCUGCACAACAACUCAGUUUACUAUGAGUUUUACGGUAGCAAAUGGCACUACAGAAUUUGGAGCUUUUUGAGUGUUUUAUUUUGAAUUGCAGAUUGUUUUUAAUUGUCGAUUUCACUUUUUUACAAGAUAGAAAUAAUUUACCUGUUGAUGUAAACAGUGCUCAAUUUACAGCAAGACAGGAAAGGCAGUCAUCAAAAUUCAACACGUUACGGUAAUGCAAAUCAAAAA